CAUACGUUCGUUUGGACUGUCCUCUUGUGAGAGCACCGAAGGCGAAGUUAUGGGUCCAACUGAAAGUGUGGAAUAUGAUGAGUUUGAACAUGAUAUACUUGAUCAGUCAAAUGACGAUAGUGAUUUGAAAGAAAUUGAUGAAAAGAGAAAAAAGAGAUCUGGCCGUAAGUCUACUUGGAACCCUGAUGAUGUAAAUGAUUUAAUUGACAUCGUUGUGAACAGUGAUUAUUACAAAAGAAAACUUAUAUUCACAAAUACAAAGUGCCAACGAAAUAGUGAGAUUUAUGGGGAAAUUUUAAGAGAACUGAAAAAGAGAGCUUUAGCAAGAGGUAGCGAGUUUAAGUUCAGUUUAAAGCAGUUACGUACAAAAUUCAAGAAAUGUGUUAGUGACUGUAAGCAUGCUGCGCUUACAAUUAAAAAUGCAUCUGGAAUCAAACGUUUUCAAGAGAGUCGUGGUCUUGGGGACUGGUUUAAAGCAUUGUAUCCUGUAGUAAAGACCAGAGAUUCUUGUAAUCCAGGUCUGGCCAUAGAGCCAGAUACUUUUGGAGCAUCGCCAAGUCCAUCUAAUUCUGAAGCUUUAGAUGAUGAUGAAACGUUAAGAUCUUUGGAAGAAAAAGAUGAUGGUAGGCUUUUUGUUCCUAUUAAAAAAACGAAAAGAUGCAAUACAAAGCAGAAGCUUGAGGAUGCUGUGGUGGAAGUAGUAGGACUCAUUAAAGAAACCAUACGCAAUGAUUCAUCAAAAGAAAUGCUUAACUUCUUGCGAGAAGAGAUGGACAAAUCACGGGAACAUGAAUUGAAACUGAUUCAGCUGUUGAACACAUGUGGUGAUAAUUGCCAACAGCAGUCAAGCAAAUCAAAUCCUCUCUCUGGUAAUAUACACAGUUUUGACAAUGGACAAAUGGUUGCAAACUACAGCCAGUACCAUGGCACAUAUGAUUCAAACACAUUUAGUCAACAAGGAUUUCCUCUGCAACCAGUUGCAUCUUUCACACAAUCAAGUUUCACACCAUGUACAUCAGCUCAAGGUUAUUAUGAUAGAAAGAUAUAUGAGAAAUUAUAAUUAUAUAACUAUUACUCAUUGCUUAAAAAAUGGUUUAGACAAAGUUGAUUAGCAUUGAGACUUUCAUCAGUUCAGAUUAUUUGUAGUUUGUUGUAUACUUUUUGUAUAUGGCAAUGGCAUUUUAGUUGAAGAGCUUCAUAAGGAACACCAAAUACUUUGAACUAUUAUACAGUUAAUUUUGUUG